AUGGUGUGGCUAAAUAUCAACUACGAUAUAAACGGCUCUAGGAAGGCAUCUGAGGCCGAACGGAGGCUACUGGAGGAUUUGUUUCAGGAUUAUAACCUGAAAGUGCGUCCAGCACGUACCUGGAAUGAGCGAGUGAUGGUCCGAGUGGGAAUGACUUUAGUCCAGCUCAUCAGCUUGAACCAGAAGAACGGAGAGAUGACAACAAACGUGUUCAUGAAUAUGGAAUGGACUGACUACAGAUUGUCUUGGAAUCCUGAAGAUUAUGACAAAAUUGAUGUUGUGCGCAUUCCUCCUGUAAAAGUGUGGCGUCCAGACAUCUACCUUAUCAACAAUAAUGACGGUCAGUUUGACGUUGCGCUGUAUGUGAACGUGCUCGUGAGGAGUGAUGGAACUGUCUCCUGGUUGCCACCAGCCAUCUACCGCAGCUCCUGCUCCAUAGAGGUGGCGUACUUUCCAUUUGACUGGCAGAAUUGCUCAAUGGUGUUUCGUUCCUACACAUAUGAUUCCUCAGAAGUGGACCUACAGUAUGGUCUAGAUGAAGACGGAAAUGAGCUCCAUGAAAUAGUGAUUGAUGAGAAUGCUUUCACUGAGAACGGCGAGUGGCAGAUUUGUCACAAGCCCAGCAGAAAGAACGUCCAGGAUGACUUGUAUGAGGACAUCACCUUCUACCUGAUCAUUGAGAGAAAGCCUCUCUUCUACGUCAUCAACAUCAUCGUGCCCUGCAUCCUUACCAGUGUGCUGGCCAUUUUUGUCUUCUACCUGCCACCUGGUGCAGGUGAGAAGAUGACUCUGUCCAUCUCAGUCCUCAUUGCACUCACUGUUUUCAUGCUGCUGCUGGCUGACAAAGUUCCAGAAACAUCACUUGCCAUUCCUAUCAUUGUUAACUAUGUCAUGUUUACUAUGAUCCUGGUCACUUUCUCCGUCAUCCUUAGCGUGGUAGUCCUAAACCUCCACCACAGGACACCCAGCACACACCACAUGCCCGGAUGGGUGCGCAAGGUUUUCAUCAACUUACUGCCUCGCUACUUGGGUGUGCUGAGGCCCACCCCUGAGGAACCAGUGGAGGAAGAGCCAAAAGAAAACGUCCCAAUGGGUUGUUUGGGAAAUAGCCUCAGACCUGGAGGUGAAUAUUUUAUCCGAAAGAUCAAUCCAGAGCUGGUAAUGCCAUGGAGAGGAAGCCAUAACGAGAGCACUGUGAAGUUGCAGAGGUUUUCAAACAGUGACAACUAUUGUCUGAUUCUGCCUCCCAAUCUCAAAUCUGCCAUCGCUGCCAUCACAUACAUGUCUGAACAAUUGAAGAAGCAGGAUGUGGAUGAUACUAUGACAGAUGACUGGCAGUACAUUGCUGUGGUUUUGGACCGUCUGUUUCUUUGGCUCUUCGUCGUCAUUACUACUCUGGGCACACUGACCAUGUUUCUGGAUGCCAGUUUCAACUAUACUCCUGACCAACCUUUUCCAUGA